UAAAACUUUUUAUUCUACAGCACAAGAUGCAAUUAAAAUUAGUCGCUAUUUUUCUUGCCGCCUCCCUGCAGCUUGCUCUCUCCAUCACAGACGAUGAAAAGGACGACAUUCGACGUUUUAUUAGGCACACCAUAAACUGUAACAAUGUGCCCGGUUUUACUGUAACCGUUGUUGACAACAAUAAAAUUGAGAUGACGGAAGCCUUUGGAAGUCUCGACAUUGAAUCGGAUGAUGCAUUGGCCGAUGCUCAUAGCAGCUUCAGUAUAGGGUCUUUAUCGAAAGCUUUUACUGCGGCUUUAAUGACCAAAGUAUUGGAAAAGUCUAAUUUCAAUAUGGAUUCUUUGCUGAAGGAUAUUGUUCCAGAGUUGAAUUUGGGAAACGAUAUAAAUACGAAUCAAGCAACCAUUAGAGAUUUACUUUCGCAUAAACUGGGCUAUCUGGGCUAUGGAUUCACUUGGGCAAUUGGUUUAGAUCCAGUUCAUAGCCGGCAAGAGUAUUGUGGCCGCUUAAAUCAUAUUAAAUCGAUUGGGUUUAGAUGGCGUUAUAGAUAUAGUAAUUUCAUGCUAACUUUAGCUGGUUGUAUAAUUGAAAGAAUUAGCGGUAAAACUUAUGAGGAAGUUUUCAAAACUGAAUUAGCUGAUCCUCUCGAAAUGAGAGAUACUGAUUUAAUAAGCAAUAUCAAUAAUUGGGAUUGGAAAAAGUUUGCAUCUCCACACUCUUAUGAUGAUAUUGAUUCUCGGCUUAAGAGAAUCGAUAGGAUAAAUAUAGAAAGUGUUUUAGGUGGAGAAUCUUCUGGUGGUAUCUUCAGUUCGGCUACCGAUAUGGCUAACUGGAUUUUAGUUAAUUUAAAUGAAGGAAAAUUUAAAAAUAAAACAAUAUUCAAUAGAGACGCUCUAUUAGACAUUCAUUCACCGCAAUUCGCAAGCAAUUUUGAUCCAAACAGCGUUCGUCGUCCAUACUUUCCUGUAGAGAACUCGCAAACAACCUACGGAUUGGGUUGGAGUAUAGGAACUUACGGAGGAUAUAGAGCUUCCAUGCACGGUGGAUCAAUUAAUGGGUUUAAUUCUCUUAUUUACUUGUAUCCAGAUAUUAAAUCUGGUGUUUUUGUUGGUGGAAAUACGUAUGCGUCAAGUAAUACCAUGGUAGCUGUAACGUAUUACAUCAGUGACAUUUUACAAGGAAGGAAACCGUUUAUUAAUGAUACAACAGCCUGCACGUAUCCCGAACCUUGGAUCAAUAACAUCCCGAAAUCGGCCCUGCCUGAAAAGGAAAAGAGUCGUUUCGAUAUCCCACCGCUCUCUUUCACAAAUCACGUUAAAAUGAAUGCGGAAAAGUACACUGGAGAGUACGGACAUCCACUUUUCGCCAAUACUACUGUCUGGUAUGACGAAUCAGAGGAGUCGUUAAAGGCAAAAUCGGGUCAUAUAGGAUACGCUAAACUACUACCAACUAUUGACGAACAAAUAUUCGUGGCUAAAUUAAUAGGACCAAUAGAAUUUAUAGUACGCAAGGGAAAUAAUCCGAAUAUGACCUUUCCUCUGGUUUUCCAAUCCGAUUCGGGAGGAAAAUAUCAAAAAUUAUGGAACGUUCUUUGGGAAACACAGGAUCCUGUAAUAUUUGAAAGAGGCUUAUUAUGGAAUAACUAAAUAAAUCAAAUAUUAUGAAGAAAAUAAACAAAUAAACAAUUCCAUCAGAAAAUAACAAACAGAGUUGCACUUGGUGUUUUUUCCGUUUUUUAUAUUACGAAAUGGCAAAACAUUUGACAAUAAUUUUUUAUUAAUCAAUAAAAAUCAAUUUAAAUAAAUAACUA